AUGGCGGCCGUGGUAGCAUCCCGCCCAGGGAGCACGCCGCAGACAAAGAAGGCUUCGCUACCACUCGUUCAGACCAAUGGCAACAUGUCCAAGCCGGCACUACCGUCUUCAUCGCCAUCGACCGCCACUAAGCGCCUUCCUGGUCAAACGCCGCAGCCACUGCCGCCGACGCCAACAUCAGCGAACACCGCCCGCGCGAAUCGAAGACCCCAUCGCAUAACGACGCGGACGGGAACUGCUGAGAACGCUGCCGCCGACAAACGGGUGCAGAGGAAAUUUCCUGAGCCAUAUGUUGCCAGUGAACGACAUAUUCUUAGAAAAUUCAAAGGCCGACCACCUUCGCUCAUAGUGCAUCUACAUCCUACAAAUUUCAGGUUCGACGCGCAGGAUGGCAGUUUCAGCUACCAAUCGCCAAUGCGUGUGUUCAUUGAGCACCUGCAGAAACAGACAAUACCACACGAUAUGCUGGAAGAUUUUCGAGAAGCUGGCGUGACUUUCUACGACGGCUGGCUCAUUGUCAAGGUCAUUGACCACCGCCAUACCUCGAAGCCUGUCGUCGAGAGCAACGGCCCAGAUAAUGACAAGCCGUUCUCGGUCCACAACUACAAUCCGCACAUAACUCCGUCACCAUAUGCACCUUUUCCAACAAAACAGUCAGUCGGAGAGAGGUCUUCGCCCUCUAAGCAGAAAGAUGGUGCAUCGUCCGACAAGGAGAAUGCAAGACCGCAGUCAUCCAAGCCUGAACCCAGAAUCUACCAUGUCGGUCUACGGCCAACAGGACUCUCACGCCACGCAGACACAAGCAUUGAUGCGCUCGCUCCGGAUCCCAAAUCACUGAACAGGAAACAGUCACAGAUCAACGCCAGAGGUGGAGUGCCUCAGACCCCUACCUCGGGCGUGCCCAGCACUCCCUUGACGGAGAAAGGGCCGCCUCUGAAGAAGCAGAAGAUGAAGAUCGACUCCAAAGAUCUGCUGGAGUACGAAGCACGCAUCAUAAAUGCUACCGCACCGCCACUCUACCUUGAGCCCGUCGCGAAUGCUCUGGAAGCCCAGGCUUUGUUGGAGAUGACAAUGGAUCCAUUUCAUAAUGCUGCUCCGCCUUCACCCAAGAGCCGUAAGAGGACCAUCGCCGAGCUCGCAGCAGAUGACGCCCACGCCAAGCAACAAGAAAGAUUCAUGCUCAUCAUGGACGAGCGUAAUGCUGGGGUUCCCGGCGGCACGAACGCUGCCGUUGACGGACCAGCCGCAAACGUCAUCUUUCAGCCUCGCUUUGAGAAAUUCAACGCCUUGGAAACUAUCAAGCGAGAUAUGGCUGAGAAAAAGCAGCAGGAUAAAGACCGACAACUGCAGGAAGAUGAAGCCCGUCGCGAGUCACAGCAGCGGACGGCUGAAGACGAGAAGAGAAAGGCGGCUCUGCGCCAGAGGGAACAGCAUGCUCUUAUGCUGCGAAAGCAACAGCAAGAAGCCCAUCAAAUGGCCUUGCAACAACAAGCCGCGGCUCAGCAGGCCCAACAGCAGCAACAAGCUGCUCGGCAACAGGCCGCCCAGCAGGCUGCCCAGCAACAGGGACAGGCCAGUGCGAUUCCACCGCAAAUGCAGAACCAAGUCAUGGGUAAUCAGGCUCGGAACAGUCCCGUUAUCCGGCAAGGAACGCCACAUGCUGCAUCUUCACCUGUCGUCAAUCAGGGUCAAGGAGGGGCUGGGUCACCUGCUCGUCCUGGAUCCGCACUACAGCAUAGCCAUCCAAUGGCUCGUGGACUCAGCAACCAGAGUAGGAACGGCACACCGCAAAUAGCCCAUGCAACACCUGGACAGCGCAACGCGACUCCUAUCUUGCGGCAGGGCACACCAGCGCAACACAUGAACAUGACGCAAGCGAGUCCCCACGGCAGCAUGAUGGCUCCGACGCCACAGAUGGCGCAAGCUCAGGCGGCUAUGAAUGGUCAGAUGCCGAACGGUAUGACGCCCCAACAAAUGGAAAUGCAGCGAAGACAGAAUGCCAUGAGAAUGCAGCAAAUGCAACAGCAACACCAACAAGCCAUGAUGGCUGGGAAUCCUCAACUAGCACACAAUCUCGCCCAGCAGAACGCCAUGCAGCAACGCCAAGCCGCCAUGCAGGCUCAACAACAGAUGCAUGCCCAGAAUCAGCAACAAAUGGCUGGCUCGCCCGCGCAAAGUCAUGGAGCGUACAACAAGCAGCUUUCAGAGCAGAUGAAAGCGCAGAUGCAAGGCCUCGCUCAAGCUGGAGGCAACGCUGGCUCGCCCGUCCAACAUCAAAUGACGCCACAGCAACAACAGGCUGCUCUUGCACACCAGCAGCAGCAGCGAAUGCUACAAGCGCAGGCGCAGCAGCAGGGCCAGAUGAUGGGCAACCCUGGUAUGCAAGCUCAACAAAUGCAGCAGCCUCAACAACAGCGUGCCUCGAUGCAGCAGCAGAUGCAAGCGUUCCAUCAGCAAUCUCUCAACAAGUACACGCGGCAACUUACCCAACAAGCCAUGCAGCGAUACGGCUUGUCUGGCAAUGCCCAGCAGCUGCCCCAGCCCGAGCUUGUCAAGAUCCAGCAGAUGGCUGCACAGGCUGCUCAGCAGGAGCUCGAAACUCGACGGCAACAAAUGCAGCUAAGUUCCAGAUGCAACGCGCCCAACAAGCCGCCCAGGCGCAAGCACAGGCUCAUGGUGGAAUGGUCAACGGCCAAGGUGGCGGCAUGA